CAUCCUCUCACCACGCAAUGUCUCCUAGUACUCCAACCAGGGAUCUCAAACUGAAUGUUCCGCGUCAUAAUACCCAGAGGAUAGGCCCCAUGUUGACCGGGGCAGUGCAGGCAGUAGCUCGCGGACAGAAGAUCAAGACUGACCUUCGUCAGUCAGGACACGAUCCCGGGAGUGCCUUAGCUAUUGCAGUGGAGAGCGCCAGUGAGUGGAAUUCACUACUGACUACGGCGCGAGCGGACAGAGGGCCACAAUGGGACGUUGGCACGCAACAAUUCCAUGUAGAAGCAGAGUCCGAACUCUACUACAACCCGUCACCACUUCGCGAGCACCUGAAAGAAGAGGAAGAGCCUCCGACGACCUCCAAACGCUCCGAUCCUCCCCACCCCUCAUCUAAUGGUGGGAUGUCUCGAACACCCUCAAGAUCUCACCUACAAGCUCAGCUUCCGUAUGGGAUGAACGGUGCUGGCGGUAUGCCUGGAGGCAUCUCUCCAUCUCCUCGAGGUGGCCCAUACCCCGGCGGAGCAGGCCAGUACAACUCAUCUAUUCCCCCUAAUCAAUUCUAUGGGUCGGGUGUAGGGAGAGAUUCGAUGGGUGGUAUGGGUGGUAUGGGAAAUAUAGGUGGAAUGGGGCAGAUAGGCAUUGGAGGGGGCUCGCCGAUGACGACCAGGAGCGGAGGUGGCGGGAAUAUGGGGAUGGGCAUGGGCAUUGGUAUGGGAAUGGAUGGUCUGGGAAUAACCCCGGAUGUCAGGCGGAGGAUGUAGUCUCGUGAGUGACGCUAUUGUCCGUAGCGCCACGUUGUAUGAUCCUGAUUGUAUUU